AUUAUCCAGUCCUUUCUCAAUAGUGUGGCAUAGUAUGGAGAGGAGGGAGUUAUCCUUAUUUACGAGCAUUUAUCUAUAAUUAAUAUUAACUUUAUUGACAAAUUGAGAAAUGAAAUAAAGAAUAUAUUUUAUCUAGAAUUGUGAAAGAUAACAGAUAUGGCUUCAAUGACUUUAGAAACAAUUCGGUGUGGGCCACAUUGUCAUGCAUCUGAAAUUAAUGGGGAAGGAUUAAAAUUAGAAUUUCACGAAAUGUUUCGAUUAACCGGAGAUCUAAAUAAAAAGAAAAAUGACAAAAAGAAAAGUAAAAGAAAAAAAUGUAAAGCAAAAGAUAAAAAAAGAUUAAAAAAUGAAACAACUGAAGGCAUUAUACAGCAUUUACCAUUCCUUGGAGUUAAAAGUAAUCCAUCAUCAUUUGCAGUUUUUGCUAAUGUUAGGCAGUGCGUAUUGGAAAAACAAAUGUCUGAAGCCACACAGCUGUAUUUACAAACUCUUGGUAAUAGGAUUUCAGAUACUGAAUCUGAAGAUGAAGAUGAUAGGAUAAAAGAUUAUUUAAUUAAAGUUCCAAAAAUAGUUGGUAUAGGUUUAUGUAGCGUUUUUGAACUGAUUCGAGAAAGUAGGAAAAAACAUCCAAAUUUAUGUACAAAAGCUUUGCAAGCACUUCUAGAUAUGUUGCAGGGUCAACAACCAGAAGAACUUAAAUCUGAACCACCUGAAGUAAUAGAUACAUUAUUUGAUCUUCUUUUGGAUAUUUCAAGUCAGUCUCUUGGUGAUCCAGGACAAAGUAGUAGCAGUUCUCCUCUCACGUCUUACGCUUGCGCUUGUUUACUUAGUUUAGCUGUUGCAAAAGGUGAUACGGGAAAGUUACUUGGUGCUACUUCAGCAAUGUUAAUGAGUCCUCGUUCUCUAGCUGCUGAAGAAAUUCCAACACCAGGUAUAUUAAGUUCACUUCAAAGAAGUGUACAUGCAGUUUUACUCGGUAAAACUAUACGUCCAGAUUGGUUAACACACGGAAUUCCAAAAUCAUCUUUAUGUGAUAGUUUUAGUGUUCAGAUUCCUAAAGGAAAGUUUAGACAAAGUGCUUCCAUGACAACAGAUGGUAAAUUUUUAUAUAUUCUUAGUGGAGGCAGUAUUUAUAAAAUUGGAUCAAGUUUUAGUGGAACUAUUAAGGGCCAAAUAUUAAUGAGUCGUGGUGGAUUAAAGGUAGAUGAUAGAGGCUGGAUAGGUUAUGCAAAAGGAUAUUUAUAUUUCCAACCUCAUUCAGGAACAAAUAAUGAAUUAAUAAAAAUAGAUAAAGAUACUUUAAAAGAAAAAGAGCAUAUUGAAUUAGAUGCAAGUGAAUGGGGACCAAGUGCUUGUUUUACAGAUGGGGAACAUGUGGGAAUUCUCACAGCUUCCAAAGAUGUAAUUGUUUGUAUUGAUAUAUUAAUAUUUUACUUUUCUGUUAUUAAAUUCUUACUGUGUUGUAUAUAUAUUAAUAUAAAAAUAUUUAUAAAACUCUAAAGUGUGAAUGUAUACAAUAA